AUGUUGGAUUCGGAGGGUAGCGCGGAGAGCGUCCGCGGUUCGGAGAAUUCGACGGCGCGCGAGGAAACGAUCGUCACGCUGCCGAAUCGGCAGAAUGCGGACGGUGACAAGCUCGAGGAAUUCGAGAAGCUGCUUCAAACGAUUUUACCUUCUCGCACACCGUCGCAGGAGGAGGAGGAAACGGAAGAGAACGAGAUCGAGAAGAAGAUAGAAAUGGCUACUCCCGAUGGACCGGCGGAUUUUCGUUUGGAUUACAUCGGUGGUUUCGUGCAGAAGUCGCUGAAACUGAAGCCGGAGAAGUGGGCCAGAUUACUCCUCACGGAGGAAUACAGAAACGCUGUGCUGGAUUUUGUUGAUAAUCCUCUGCCAGCUGCUCUUUUUGUAGCUUUGACACCGAACGCACAAUUGGUGGCUUCAACCUCGUUCCCUAUACCAUGUCAGAGAACCAAAGGUAUUUACGUCGUGAAGAUAGAACAGGCGCCAUUACCCAAGGAGAAAGAAGUUUGUUCAUCGAUGCUGAUAUUAGGGGAUCUGUCGUCUCGAGUCGUCGAUCAAUUAGCUACUUUGGUGGACAAUUUAUUCGCGCCCCUGUUGAGCAAAGCAGAGAAUCACAAGGAUUUGCCUGACGUCGCGAUUCAGGACAUCUGUAGACACGUUCAUUCUCUUCGCGGUACUCUGUACCAAGUGAAAGGCCAGGUAAACGGCAGAACGGUGCUCCCAAUGCCAGCCGGAAUGGAGAGGGCAACGGAAGUGGAGAAGCUGGUGCGAACAGAAGGCCCCCAAGCUGUCGAUCUGUAUUUGAAGAGCGCCAUCGAGGGUGUCGUGAUAAAGUGGGCCUACUUGGUGAACGACGUUGUCACUCAGGAAUCUGGCGCAGCUUUUGAGAAUGGUCAAAAUCCCACCCCCUAUGUCGAGCUUGACUAUUGGUCCACGAGACUAGCUAAUUUAAGAUAUAUCUACGAUCAAUUGCGAGAGGAUCGCGUGAAGAAAAUGGCGAGCAUUUUGGAAACGACAGACAGCGCCUAUUUCCCCUGCUUUCGCACCCUUUUCGAUAACGUGGUAUCCUCGAUGGCAGAGGCGAAAGAGAUAUCUCUGUAUCUAUCUCCAUUGGCCAAGUGUUUCAAAGCGGUCGAAGAGGUCGACUUCUCCGAGGCUAAGCCGCUAAUGGCCACGCUGAUACACUCGGUCGGAUUAGCCUGGUCGAAAUCUAGCUACUAUCAGAGCUCCACCAAGGUGAUCAUCAUGUUUCGACAGAUUUCCAACCUGUUGAUACAGGAGGCUCGUCGAUUCCUCGACCCAACCUCCAUUUUCCAGAGCGACGUUGACGAGGCUUUACAGCGUGUGCAAAUAUCUCGAGGCGUCUUGGAAGAGUUCAAACGACAAUUCGAACUUAGGAAAGACAUGCCAGCGAUGAAACCCGAUGCACCACCGUGGACCUUCAAUUCCAGCGCCGUUUUCGCUCGCCUGGAUGCUUUCUUGAAACGACUGAGCGAUAUCGAGUGGCUAUUUAACACCGUGAUGGAAUUUUCCAAGCUGGAAAAGAUAGAAAUCGGCGGGAUUCUCGGCCGAUCCCUCAGCACCAGGAUCGUCAACGUGUACAAAGAGUUCCAGCAGCUGUUCGUUUCUUUCACGGUGCGGGCAAACGACGCGCUCGAGCCAGACGACGAAUCUUUCACCGUAGACUGUGCCAAGUUCAACGAGUCCAUCACCGAUCUCGAUUGUAAAUUGGCGGCCAUUCUUUGCCAGGCUUUCGACGAUUGCGGCAACCUCGAGAGCGUUUUCAAGUUGAUAAAUAUCGUUGGAACGGUGCUAGACAGGCCAAUGAUAAGCAAACAGUUCGCAAAUCGCUACACCAGAAUUUUGGAUCUAUUGAACGUCGAGCUGACUGUAGUCGAAGUUCUGUUUAAUCGUGGCACUAGAGGCGCUCUAAUUAAUCUUCCACCUUUAGCCGCGGCUCUGACAUUUAUCACCAUGCUCAGACAACGCAUCGAUCUUCCCGUUCAAUCUUUCAAAGCUAUUCAACAUCCAAUAGUGAACAGCGAAGAGGGCCAGAAUAUAGAAAAACGUUAUGAAAGGCUUAUCCAAAUCUUUAAGGAUAAGGAGACUGAAUUGUUCACGGAAUGGGCACGAACCGUACCUGACGCAGUCGAUAUUGGACUGAAUCGCAAUAUUCUCUAUCGCGAGAAGGAUUCCACGUUACUGCUCAACUUUGAUCCCCAGCUUUUGUGUGUUUUAAAGGAAGUGAACUAUCUGAAGCAAAUGUCUCGAUCAGACAUUCCCGAGGAGGCAAUAAAGGUGUCGGAAAACGUCGAAACGUUCCGAAAGUUCCGCACACUGCUAGCAGCCACGGUGUGUUCGUACAACAACGUGUGCAAGACGACCAGGCGAGUGGAGUUGCAGCUGAUCGAGAAGGAGAUAACUAGGAUCGAUUCGUUGGUGUCUCGAGGAGAAACAGAAUUAUGCUGGAAGUCGGACGGCGUUCUGGAGUACAUCGUGGAAUUGGGUGAACUCGUGGAGGGGCUCUGGAAGCGAAUCAAAUCGACCCAGACGAACGCCGAGAAGAUCAAAGCGGUGUUGGACGCCUGGACGAGGACGCCUCUCAUCGAGAGGAAGGAUCGUCGUAAGGACGCUUUAUUGUCGUUCGACGAGCGGCCAGAAAAAGUAUCAAGACGUUACGGCGAGGUCGAGAGGGCUGCCGAACAGAUUCAUUCGUUGUUGGAAGAGAACAGGCUGCUUUUUCAAGUUUCCGACGAAAUGGAGGAACCGUGGCAAAAAUACGUAGAUUACAUCGAUAGGAUCGUGAUGGAGUCCCUUCGAAGGGCUGUAGGGUGUUCGUUAGGGUAUUUGGUAGACAAUAUGGAUUCCAAUGAAGAAACUGAGCCGCUGUUAGAAGCGAAGUUAGAACUCAGGGAACCAGAUCUCUAUUACGUGCCUUCAUUGGAACCCGACGAUCCGGAUGGAUUGGACCAAUUAAUCUUGGCACUAUUGAACGAUAUCAUAGGGAUGGCUGCACUGGUGCCACGAUUGAAAAGAGAUGCCAUAGGAUACAGCGAGGAACUAGAGGAAGAUCCAGAUAUAAAGGGGAUGAAAAAUGAAAUUAUGAAUAACGUUUCGACCGCGGUGGAGGAAGCUACCGAAUUCUGCAGCAACUUCGAAGGAUACGCCUAUCUCUGGUUGGACGAUAGAGACAUGGUGAUGCAACAGUUUCUCGAGUAUAGCCGACAAUUGACGAUGGAGGAAAUGGAGAUGGUGGCCGUGCAGGAUCCCAAGGGGCCGACACGGUCACCGCCGAAAAUGGAGCAAUUCCGCGAGCAAAUCGACCUUUACGAGGGCCUCUAUCUCGAGAUCGAGGAAAUGGAACCAUCGAAAGUGUUUUGUGGCUGGUUCAGGGUAAACCUCAGACCCUUCAGACAGUCGGUGCUGAACAUGGUCUGCAAAUGGUCCAGCAUGUUCAAGAGACAUCUGGUCGAUCGCGUUACCAGCAGCCUCUCGGAUUUGGGAUCGUUUAUAAGACGAGCAGACGAGGGUUUGCUCCAACCAAUACAACCAGGUGACUACGUCGGACUCGUUAGCGUGAUGGGUUAUCUCUUGCAAGUGAAAGAAAGGCAACCGACUACGGAUGAAAUGUUCCAGCCGUUGGAAGAGACGAUCGAAUUGUUGAAAUUUUACGAUCAGGAUAUCCCAGAGGAAGUAAACGUUCUGCUUCAAGAACUGCCCGAGCAAUGGUCCAAUACGAAGAAACUGGCGCUUAUGGUUAAACAGCAAGUGGCACCCCUGCAAGCAGGUGAAGUGUCCAGAAUACGAGGACGAAUCUCCGCGUUCGACACGACCAUAACUCACUACCGCGAAGCUUUUCGGCGCUACAGCUUCUUCAAACACGAUUGUUCGAAUCCUUACGAACUAUUAGACGAAGGACACAAAGAGAUUCUGAUGUUGGAACGUCAAAUGAAAGACAUCCAAGAGUCUGCAUCGUUGUUCGAAGUUAUGGUGCCAGAAUUCAAAGUGUUGAAGCAAUGCAGAAGAGAGUUGAAGAUGUUGAAGCAACUAUGGGACUACGUGAAUAUCGUUAGAAGCUGUAUAGAAGGAUGGAAGACUACGCCUUGGAGAAAAAUCGACGUAGAGAACAUGGACAUCGAGUGCAAGAAAUUUUCCAAGGAGAUACGAGCCCUGGACAAGGAAAUGAGAUCGUGGGACACUUUCGUAUCGUUGGAGGCAACCGUGAAGAAUAUGUUGACGUCCUUGAGGGCCGUAGCAGAACUCCAGAAUCCAGCUAUAAGGGAAAGACAUUGGAGGCAAUUAAUGAAUAGCACCAAGGUACGAUUCGUUAUGGACGAGUCUACCACGUUGGCCGAUCUUCUGGAGCUAAAUCUUCAUGAGUGCGAGGAAGAAGUGAAGAACAUCGUGGACAAAGCCGUGAAAGAAAUGUCUAUGGAAAAGUACAUGAGAGAAUUGAACGCCACCUGGUCGAAAAUGGAAUUCGAGAAAGAAAUUCACGCUAGAACUGGCGCUACCCUAAUAAGAGCCAGCGAGGAAUUGAUCGAAACGUUGGAAGAGAACCAGGUCCAGCUACAAAACCUUAUCACUUCGAAGUUCAUCGCCCACUUCCUAGAAGAAGUCUCCAGCUGGCAACGAAAGCUGAGCAUCGCCGAUCAAGUUACUACAAUCUGGUUCGAGGUGCAACGAACCUGGAUGCACCUCGAGAGCAUCUUCACCUCCUCGGAAGAUAUAAGAAGACAAUUGCCAGUGGAUGCCGAGAGGUUCGAUCGAAUCGACAAGGAAUUCAAGCAAAUGACAGAGGAACUAGCGAAGACGCCAAACGUUGUGCAAGCAACGAACAGAGAAGGCCUGGUGUCUUCUCUCGAUAUCCUCCAAAAGGAAUUGGUUCUCUGCGAGAAAGCCUUGGCAGAAUAUUUGGAAACGAAGCGUCUCGCGUUUCCGAGAUUCUACUUCGUUUCGUCCAGCGAUCUGUUGGAUAUUUUGUCGAAUGGAAAUCAGCCGGAGAUCGUGGCCAAGCAUCUGACAAAACUAUUCGACUCCAUGGCUCGAUUGAAAUUCGAUGACGCGGCUGCUGGCUCGCCAAAACGCGUAUUGGGUAUGUUCGCGAAAGAUGGAGAGUACGUGGAAUUCGCAAACUGCGAGAUGAGCUGCGAGGGCGCAGUGGAGGCAUGGUUAAAUCGUCUGCAACAAGCGAUGAGAGUCACAAUAAGAUACUAUUUCAGCGAGGCUGUGAUAACUUACGAGGAGAAAUCCCGAGAACAAUGGCUGUUCGAUUAUCCAGCUCAAGUUUCUCUCUGUGGAACGCAAAUUUGGUGGACGACUGAGGUGAACAUCGCGUUCGCCAGACUGGAAGAGGGUUACGAUAAUUCUCUGAAAGACUAUCUAAAGAAACAGAUCUCUCAAUUAAGUACACUGAUCACGCUAUUGAUCGGAGAGCUAACGAAACAGGAGAGACAAAAGGUGAUGACGAUCUGCACUAUCGAUGUACAUUCUCGAGACGUGGUGGCGAAGCUAGUGCAGUCCAAGGUGGAGACGUCGCAGGCGUUCCAAUGGCAGAGUCAACUUCGCCAUCGUUGGGACGAAAAGGAGAAGGAUUGCUUUGCUAAUAUUUGCGACGCGCAGUUUAAAUACUCUCACGAAUACUUGGGGAAUACUCCCAGAUUGGUCAUAACACCGUUGACGGAUAGAUGUUACAUAACCCUGACCCAAUCUCUUCAUUUAAUAAUGGGUGGUGGACCAGCAGGCCCAGCGGGCACUGGAAAAACCGAAACCACCAAAGAUCUAGGCAGAGCUCUCGGCAUAAUGGUCUACGUGUUCAACUGUUCCGAGCAGAUGGACUACAAAUCCUGCGGUAACAUCUAUAAAGGAUUAGCUCAAACUGGCGCCUGGGGUUGUUUCGACGAGUUCAACCGAAUCACGGUCGAAGUACUCUCCGUAGUAGCUGUCCAAGUGAAAUCGAUUCAGGACGCCAUUCGAGAUAAGAAAGAGAAAUUCAACUUCAUGGGAGAAAUAAUCGGCCUCGAACCAACGGUUGGUAUAUUCAUCACGAUGAAUCCAGGUUACGCAGGACGAACAGAAUUACCGGAGAAUUUAAAAGCCUUGUUUCGACCGUGUGCCAUGGUAGUCCCCGAUUUUGAACUUAUCUGCGAGAUUAUGUUAGUGGCAGAGGGAUUCCAGGAUGCGAGAGUUCUAGCGAGAAAGUUCAUUACGCUAUAUACUCUAUGCAAGGAGUUGUUAUCAAAGCAGGACCAUUAUGACUGGGGACUGCGCGCGAUAAAGUCGGUCCUCGUGGUCGCCGGAAGUCUGAAGAGGGGAGACCCCGGCAGACCGGAGGAAGAAGUGCUCAUGAGAGCUCUUCGAGACUUCAACAUUCCCAAAGUGGUUUCCGACGAUCUGCCUGUGUUUAUGGGUUUGAUAGCCGACCUGUUCCCCGCCUUGGACGUUCCCAGAAAACGCGACGUGGAAUUCGAGAAGAUGGUUAAACAGGCAGCAGCUGAUUUGAUGCUGCAACCAGAAGACGGCUUCAUCCUCAAAGUCGUUCAGUUGGAGGAACUAUUAGAAGUACGGCACUCGGUUUUCAUCGUGGGAACUGCAGGAUCUGGAAAGACUCAAGUUUGGAAGUCGUUGUUUAGAACAUAUCAGAACAUGAAGAGGAAGCCUGUAUACAAUGAUUUGAAUCCGAAAGCUGUGACGAAUGACGAAUUAUUUGGAAUAAUUAAUCCAGCGACCAGAGAAUGGAAGGAUGGCUUGUUCUCGGUUAUUAUGAGAGAACAGGCUAACUUAGGCGGAGAGAAUCCUAAGUGGAUAGUUUUAGAUGGCGAUAUCGAUCCCAUGUGGAUCGAGUCAUUGAACACUGUCAUGGACGAUAACAAGGUUCUGACUUUAGCUAGUAACGAGAGAAUAGCUUUGACUCCUGUGAUGAGGCUGCUCUUCGAGAUCUCUAAUUUGAGAACUGCUACUCCAGCUACUGUAUCCAGAGCGGGGAUUUUGUAUAUCAAUCCUCAGGAUCUAGGCUGGAAUCCUUACGUCACGAGCUGGGUGGAGAAAAGAACGUCGCCAAUUGAAAAAUCCAAUUUGGUUAUGUUAUUUGACAAGUACAUCCCUGCUUGCUUGGAAACGUUAAGAACAAGAUUCAAAAAGAUAACACCGAUCGCAGAUAUGGCGCACGUACAGAUGCUAUGUCAUCUUCUUCACUGUCUUCUCAAGCCAGAAUUAACCUCCGCUGAUUUUUUGAAGGAACAUUAUGAACUCUACUUUGUUUUCGCUGCCGUCUGGGCUUUUGGUUCCUCGAUGUUCCAAGAUCAAACGAUAGAUUAUCGCGUGGAAUUUAGUAAGUGGUGGAUAAAUGAAUUUAAACAGAUUAAGUUUCCCUCGCAAGGCACCGUGUUUGAUUAUUAUAUAGACUCUGAGACAAAGAACUUCGUUCCAUGGUCUCAGCGUUUGCCAAAGUUCGAAUUGGACCCUGAACUGCCUCUGCAAGCUGUUUUGGUUUACACUGCCGAGUCUAUUCGAAUUAGGUACUUCUUAGAUUUAUUAAUGGCCGAGAAACAUCCAGUGAUGUUAGUUGGAACAGCUGGUUGCGGGAAGACUGUUCUCGUAGCAGAGAAACUUCUACAAUUACCUGAAAAUUACACAGUAUCCAAUGUACCCUUUAAUUUUUACACUUCUUCGGAGAUGCUGCAGAAAAUUCUGGAGAAGUCUCUGGAGAAGAAAGCUGGUAGAAAUUACGGCCCACCUGGGAAUAAAGCCUUGGUGUAUUUCAUCGAUGAUUUGAAUAUGCCAGAAGUUGACGCUUAUGGAACCGUCCAACCGCAUACUUUGAUCCGUCAGCAUUUGGAUUACGGUCACUGGUACGAUAGAACGAAGCUAACUCUGAAAGAUAUUCACAACUGUCAAUACGUUAGCUGUAUGAAUCCUACGGCUGGAUCUUUCACCGUCAAUCCUAGACUGCAGAGACACUUUUCCGUGUUUGCGGUCAGUUUUCCUAACAGCGAUUCGUUGACGACUAUUUAUUCGUCUAUCUUGAGGCAGCAUUUGUCCAACAUCGAACACAGGUUUCCCAUUUCUGUCGUCGAAAUGUGUAACAGUAUUGUUCAAGCGUCGAUUCAGCUCCAUCAUCGUUGCGCUCAAAUGUUCCUCCCAACAGCAGUGAAAUUCCAUUAUAUCUUCAAUCUUCGUGACUUGUCAAACUGCUUUCAAGGAUUAUUAUUCAGUGGGAACGAGUGUCUACAGUCUUCUAUAGACUUAAUCAGAUUAUGGCUCCACGAGACGCAUCGCGUUUACGGAGAUAAGCUUACAGAUGAAAAGGACAUAGAGAGCUUUUCUAAACUACAAUUGGAUAUUUUGAAGAAGAACGUGGAGGAAAUUGACGAGGGUGCCAUUUUGGAGAAGCCUAAUAUCUACUGUCAUUUUGCAGGUGGAGUCGGAGAGCCAAAGUACAUGCCGGUGAAGGACUGGGCAACUCUGCAUCGAUUGCUAUCGGAAGCAAUGGUCAGCUACAACGAUCUGGUAGCUGCUAUGAAUCUGGUGCUGUUCGAGGACGCCAUGAUGCACGUGUGCCGGAUAAACAGGAUCUUGGAGUCGCCUCGAGGCAGCGCUCUCCUCGUCGGUGUGGGAGGUUCUGGCAAACAAAGCUUGUCACGAUUGGCUGCUUUCAUAAGCUCGCUGGAGGUAUUCCAAAUUCAGUUGAAGAAGGGUUAUGGAAUCGUCGAUCUGAAAUUGGAGCUCGCUGUUCUGUAUAACAAGUCGGGUUUGAAGAAUCUGGGCAUCGUGUUUUUGAUGACCGACGCCCAAGUGGCGAACGAACAAUUCCUCGUGCUGAUCAACGACAUGCUUGCUUCUGGCGAGGUUCCAGAUCUCUUCGCCGAGGACGAAGUGGAGAACAUAAUAGCAGGAGUUCGUAACGAGGUGAAGGGCGCUGGUAUGUUAGAUACCCGCGAGAAUUGUUGGAAGUUCUUCAUCGACCGGGUGCGCCGCCAGCUUCGGAUAGUUCUCUGCUUCUCCCCUGUCGGAUCCACUUUAAGGAUUCGCUCGAGGAAAUUCCCGGCCAUAAUAAAUUGCACGGCGAUAAACUGGUUCCACGAAUGGCCGCAAGAAGCUUUGAUGUCUGUGUCGAAGAGGUUUCUGCAGGAGUUAGACGAACUUCCGGAAAAUUACAGGGAGGCUGCGGCGAAAUUUAUGGCCCACGCUCACACGACCGUCAACGCAGCCAGCAGACAUUAUUUGGCCAGCGAGCGCCGAUACAACUAUACCACACCAAAGUCCUUUCUCGAGCAGAUCAGUUUGUACACUAGAUUGUUGAAAACGAAGGCUUGCGAGCUUCGUGGUCGUGUAGCUAGGCUGGAGAACGGUUUGGAAAAGCUUCGUUCGACUGCGGUACAGGUGGAUAAAUUGAAAGAGAAACUGGCGAUGCAAGAGGUAGAAUUGCAACAGAAGAACGACGCAGCCGAUGCUCUGAUCGCCAUUGUUGGUAUCGAGACGGACAAAGUACAAAAGGAGAAGGCUAUAGCGGACGAGGAAGAGUCGAAGGUUGCUAUAAUAGCUGAAGAGGUAUCGAAGAAACAGAGGGACUGCGAAGUGGACUUGAUGAAGGCAGAACCGGCUCUCUUGGCUGCCCAAGAGGCUCUGAAUACACUGAACAAGGCGAAUCUGACGGAAUUGAAGUCGUUUGGUUCGCCACCAGGUGCUGUAACGAACGUAACUGCCGCUGUGAUGGUUCUCUUGGCUCCAGCUGGGAAAAUACCCAAGGACAGGAGCUGGAAGGCUGCCAAGAUCAUGAUGGCGAAGGUCGACACGUUUUUGGACUCCCUAAUCAACUACGACAAAGAAAAUAUACAUCCGGAAGUAAUCAAGGCGAUCCAACCGUAUCUAAAAGACUCCGAAUUCGAGCCAGAAUUCGUGAGAUCGAAAUCAGCGGCAGCUGCGGGUCUCUGUGCCUGGGUGAUCAACAUUAUCAAGUUUUACGAGGUGUUCUGCGAUGUGGAGCCAAAGAGGAAAGCGUUGGCACAGGCGAACGCAGAUUUGGCCGCUGCUCAGGAGAAGUUAAGCGUGAUCAAACGCAAAGUUGUUUCGUUGGAAGAGCAAUUGGCGAAGCUGACGGCGGACUUCGAGCAGGCAACGUCCGAGAAGCUCAAGUGUCAACAAGAGGCGGACGCGACCAACGCUACGAUUGCUCUGGCUAACAGAUUGGUCGGUGGGUUGGCCUCGGAAAAUAUACGAUGGGCGGAUUCCGUAGCCAAUUUCAUGCAACAAACGUCCACCCUACCCGGUGACGUUCUCCUGGUGACAUCGUUCAUAUCUUACGUGGGAUGUUUCACGAAACAAUUUCGUCAGGAUCUGCUACACAAGCAAUGGCUACCGUUUUUACGUAACGUAGAACCGACGGUUCCAAUCACGGAGGGGCUGGACCCUCUGUCGUUACUGACGAACGACACACAGAUAGCCAAGUGGAACAACGAAGGACUUCCAAACGAUAGAAUGUCGACGGAAAACGCAACUAUUCUGACGAGUUCCGACCGAUGGCCCUUAAUGAUCGACCCUCAGCUGCAGGGAAUUAAAUGGAUCAAGCAGAAAUACGGGGAGGAACUUCGCGUCAUUAGGCUCGGGCAGAAGGGUUACUUGGAUGUCAUCGAGCAAUGUCUAGCAACCGGGUCGACCGUGCUCGUCGAGAACAUCGGCGAAACGGUCGAUCCGGUGUUGGAUCCACUGUUAGGCAGAAACUUGAUUAAGAAGGGUCGGGCGAUUAAGAUCGGCGACAAGGAGGUCGAAUACAAUCCGCUGUUCAGAUUAUUAUUGCACACGAAGCUGGCUAAUCCCCAUUACAAGCCCGAGAUGCAGGCUCAAACUACUCUAAUUAAUUUCACGGUAACGAGGGACGGUCUCGAGGAUCAAUUACUAGCGGAGGUAGUGAAAGCCGAGCGACCGGAUCUCGAGGAGUUGAAGGCUGAGCUCACCAGACAGCAGAACGAUUUCAAGAUUACGCUCAACAGUUUGGAAGAUUCCCUUUUAUCGAGAUUGUCUUCAGCGGGCAGCAACGUUUUAGAGGACACGUCGUUGGUGGAAAAUCUGGAGACGACGAAGAGGACCGCGGCAGAAAUCGAGUCGAAGGUGACGGAAGCCCGCGGCACAAGCCGUGAGAUCGACGCCGCGAGAGAAUUGUAUCGACCAGCGGCAGCCAGAGCUUCUCUCCUCUACUUCAUCCUGAACGAUCUGAACACCAUCAAUCCAAUCUAUCAAUUUUCCUUGAAAGCUUUCAGCGUGGUGUUUCAAAAAGCCAUCUCGAAGGCCGAUCCCGCCCCAGACGUGUCCGCGAGAGUGAAGAAUCUGAUCGAGUGCAUCACCUAUUCCGUGUUCAUGUACACUAGCAGAGGGUUGUUCGAGUGCGACAAACUGAUCUUCGCGUCGCAGAUGGCGUUUCAGAUACUACUCGCUAGGAACGAGGUGACUGCAGCAGAGUUGGACUUCCUCUUACGGUUCCCCAUCACGCCGCACGUUACAUCCCCCGUUGAUUUCCUUUCCAAUAUCAGCUGGGGUGGAAUUAGGAGUCUCGCUAGCAGAGAAGAAUUUCGCAAUUUAGACAGAGACAUAGAGACUUCGGCAAAGAGAUGGAAAAAAUUGGUGGAAUGCGAAUGUCCGGAACGAGAGAAAUUCCCGCAAGAAUGGAAGAACAAAACGACUAUUCAGCGUCUGUGCAUGCUCAGGGCACUGCGACCCGAUAGAAUGACCUACGCAAUCGCAGCAUUCAUCGAAGAGAAGCUUGGUCCAAGGUAUAUCGAAGGUAGAACCGUCGAGUUCGCAAAAUCUUACGAAGAAACCAGCCCUUCUACGCCCAUCUUCUUUAUCCUUUCUCCUGGCGUGAAUCCUUUGAAGGAUGUAGAGGACCUGGGUCGUCGCUUGGGUUACACGUUGGAUAAUCAAAAUUUCCACAACGUGUCGCUGGGUCAGGGACAGGAAUCCGUUGCAGAAGAAGCUAUGGACGUGGCCGCGAAGAACGGCCAUUGGGUGAUUUUGCAGAAUAUUCAUUUGGUGAAAAAAUGGCUGCCAUUGUUGGAAAAGAAAUUAGAAAUGGCCGCAGAGGGCUCGCACGAGAAUUACAGGGUGUUCAUGAGUGCGGAACCAGCUAGUACACCAGCAGGACACAUCAUUCCUCAAGGAAUCCUCGAGUCGUCCAUUAAGAUUACGAACGAACCACCCACGGGGAUGCAGGCGAAUCUGCACAAAGCUCUGGACAAUUUCACCCAAGAGACGUUGGAGAUGUGCAGCAAGGAGGCAGAGUUCAAGGCCAUUCUAUUUUCCCUCUGUUACUUCCACGCGGUGGUCGCGGAGCGCCGGAAAUUCGGCCCACAGGGCUGGAAUAAAAUCUAUCCCUUCAACGUAGGCGAUCUUCACAUCAGUGUCAGCGUGUUGUACAAUUAUUUGGAAGCUACGUCGAAGGUGCCUUGGGAGGAUUUGAGGUAUCUUUUCGGCGAAAUUAUGUACGGCGGGCAUAUAACCGACGACUGGGACAGAAGGCUGUGUGUCUCCUAUCUCGAAGAAUUAAUGCAACCCGAAUUGGUCGACGGAGAGUUGCACUUAGCGCCAGGAUUCCCAGCGCCACCGAAUACAGAUUUAGCCGGUUACCAUGCCUACAUCGACGAAGCGAUGCCUGCGGAAUCACCCUAUUUGUACGGUCUACACCCAAAUGCUGAAAUAGGUUUCUUAACGAUGACUGCGGAGAAUCUCUUUAAAACCGUCUUUGAGAUGCAACCGAGGGACGCGGGUAGCUCUGGAGGACAAACAGUGACCAGGGAAGAAAAGGUGAAGCAAAUACUGGACGAAAUAAUGGAGAAACUUCCAGAGGAGUUCAACAUGGCCGAAAUAAUGGGCAAAGUGGAAGAAAGGACUCCGUACGUGAUCGUAGCAUUCCAAGAGUGCGAACGAAUGAAUCAUCUGACCACGGAAAUAAAACGGUCGUUGCGUGAACUGGAUUUAGGCCUGAAGGGAGAGCUAACGAUCACUUCAGAUAUGGAGGACUUGGAAAACGCGUUGUUCCUUGACCAAGUGCCACCUGUUUGGGCUCAAAGGGCUUAUCCGUCUUUAUUAGGACUGGCAGCUUGGUUCGUCGACCUGCUACUACGGAUCAGAGAAUUGGAAACGUGGUCCACUGACUUUGUCUUGCCACCAUCGGUCUGGUUGGCCGGAUUCUUCAAUCCUCAGUCGUUGCUUACGGCCAUCAUGCAAUCAACAGCUAGGAGACAGGAACUUCCGCUUGAUAAAAUGUGCUUGCAAUGCGACGUGACGAAGAAGAACAAGGAGGAGUUCACGGCAGCUCCCAGAGACGGUGCAUAUAUUCAUGGGAUAUUUAUGGAGGGAGCACGAUGGGACGUGCAGUCUGGCAUUUUAGUCGAUUCGAAACCGAAAGAACUGUUUCCUGUGAUGCCGGUGAUCAACGUAAGAGCGAUUACACAAGAUAAACAGGACUUGAGGAAUAUGUACGAGUGUCCUGUUUAUAAAACGAGAACUCGAGGACCUACCUACGUGUGGACUUUCAAUUUGAAGACCAAAGAUAAGGCUGCAAAGUGGACGUUGGCAGGUGUAGCGUUGUUACUUCAAACCUGAAUACUUGUAAAAUACCGAUGACGAGAGUUUCUACGAAUAAAUAAUUAGGACAGUAGAGAGUGAAUAAAAUUUGCGAUGUAGAUUUUAGUAGAAGAUUUUAAUAGAGGCGCGUAAAAAGGAAACCCCAAACAGCGAUUCAUUCCCAUAAAUAAAGGCCGGGCAAUUGCGGCGAAGAAAGGAGAGAAUAAUUCGAGCGUGAAUCUCGAAGGACCUAUCGAACGAAGCAGGAUAUCACGGGAUGGGCUAAUCGGCCGAGAGUUAAUAAACCGUAAGACGAUAGAAAAUCGACGCGGUGGAUCGUUCGGUUUCCGUUUCGUUCGAGGGACAAAGUAUUCCGUGAUCCGUGGAAGAGGAAGAAAUUAUCCGUUAUUCGACGAAACAAAAGGUCCCUCGAAGGUUUGCCCUUCGAAAGGAUCGAUACUCGCGGCUCCAGAGACAAAACAGGACCGUGUACGAAACGUUGGUCAAUUUAAUAUACGAGGCAGAAAAGAGGGAGCGAAGGGUCGGAGAAAGAAAAAGGAAGGGAAAACGGCAUGGAGCGAGCCUUGUAAAGGUGAAAACGCAUAGAGGAUACAAGGUUUGCCCACCUCGGGGACAUAAAAGCUUUCAGAUUGCGGCACGGGAUCAAAAUUGUAUCGUGUUAGCGAGAGAAAUUAGAUUUCCUUUCCGCGGGAACGUCGAACCGCGCGCAAGCAGAAACGAUCUCUUUCUUCCGCGAGCGGAGAAUGGAAUCCUAUCAAAUAUGCAGAGGUUAUUAGCUCUCGAAGGAGAACGGAAAAAUGUUUACCCUCCAACUUUCCCCAGGUUCCACCGUUUCUGGCUGGAUUUUAUCCAGCCUUUCGUCAAGCCUCCCUUUAAAACACAGGGACGAUAAACUCUUGUUGAUCAACUUGUUAACUAAUGCAGGCGCGUCGCUUGUCUCCAACCGUUUCUUUCUCCGGGAACUGUGGAUUCUUUAAUGCGGCAAGUUUCCUUUGAAAGUCUGCUCUUUCGAAGAUAACGAGCUACGUUUUAAAGUUCCUGUUUAAAGUACCAAAUUUUCAUCCGCUUCACAGUCCCGCCUCAUAAACUUUUUAUAAGGGCUGAUCAGAAACUAAGGUUCCCUCGGUAAUAGUCCCUCGUAUGUUAAUUUAGCUUUCUUGUUCGUAGAAAUUAUUUGUGUCUCAAAGCGUUUAACGAGUACAACUCGAAUCGUCGAUUAUUUAUUUCCAGUACUUUCUAACGACGACGUAGCUUGAGACACGGUCCCGUAUAUAGGUUCUUAAGAAACGGUUGAAUAUCUUUGAUCGAAUGAAAAGAAAUACGUAGUUUCUUCGAACAGGAAAUUCUUUCGAAAUAAGAGACAGUUUGCUCUAAUUAAGAAAAGCAAAAUUAGUUUACACCGGUUGCACGAUAUAUGUCGUACUAUUUCUCGAAAGAUAUAAAUUCAAGUAGUUGUACUCGUGUUUCGAUCUAUGCUACAAUAAAUUUUAUACGAGUGCACCGAGAAUAAAUUCUACUUGUAGGACGUAUCAACGUUAUAAACGUUUGUUUAACCCGAUACAAAAGUAAAGUUGAAGUCCGAUGGUGCGUAUCCCGCGCAGAGUCAACUCACGAGUCCCAUCGAACCAAAGGGAGAGAGGAAAAAAGUGUCGGUCCCUUGCAGAGAGGUCGGUGAUUGGCUGCCAAACACCCUCUUCGUGAUUCCUGUCGAUCGAUUGGCCCCACUGCAUCGGCUUCAAUCACGCUUUUCAUUAAGCCUCGCCGGACAACGGCGACUAAAAGAGAAAGAGAGAAACCGAGAUCGAAUGUCCGGCUUUCGUGCGUCAACCGGAGGAAGCUGCUUUCGUGGCGUUUCCACUUUCGACAUCGAUCACGGGAGAAACUUCGACCGAUUAAAGAUCAACCACUCGUUGCGAUCGAUCUUCUCCUAUCUAGCAUUCGUCCUAUCACCUGUACAAUUUCCUCGUUCAAAGAUAAGUACUUUUAAAAUCUUAAAAUGGCGAGAAGCAGAAGGAGGAGGGAACAGCGCUCGAUUAACUUCCGCAUAUCGAGUCGAAGGAUGAGUUCAUUCGUUUUUCAUUAACGUAUACAUUUCGGAGAAUGUUGUAGAAAUUCUCGAAGAAAGGCGAAGAUACGCGUACGCGAUCUUUUUCCGAGUUAAUUCUUCGGUUAAUUUCCGCGUGUAAUAAAGAAACAGAGGAAUAAAACGAAGUCGACAAUUUUCGAGGAACGAGAGGAAAAUUUUCACCGAUUGUUGCUGCUGGAUUUUAAAACGGAAUAUCGUUGGGAAAUUGAUUAGGCGUGGGAUAUCGGUCUGGCCGUAAAACCGCGAUUAAUUUCCGGCUAAAACGUAUCCCGACGACAGCUUAACGAGGCAAUUUAACAUCGAGUCGAACGAUUACGCUACACACGAGCAUCGGAACGCAUUUCGGAGGGUAUCUCGCGUAUAAUGAGCGAUCGAUAUUCGGAGAAUAUAAUAAGGACGCAGAAGUCGAGAAGCCUGCAAGAACCGGGAGUUCCUCUUUGUCAAAGAAUUCUUGCCAACCGGUAAUCUUCCCCUCGGAAUGCUAAUUUGGCUGGCGUGGUUGGAUCGUCGAGGCUCUCGCCCUCGCGACUUUCGAAUUUAAUUCGCAGGAAAUUCCUGCCUUCGAACGGAUUUCGUAGUGUACACGCACGUGGCUGUUUCGUGUAUUUCGCAUCCGCUUAGAACGCGAUCGUUAACGGUGGUUGCUCGUUAACGUGACAAAUCGCUUGUCAAGACGACGUGUCGCGCCUCUCUGCCUCCUAUGCUUUGGAUUAACCUUUGUCCUCGUCUCCGUGAUUCUAUUGAUCGACCUUCGACGAUCGGGUUUUAGAUACAUACAUUUUACUACACCCAAGUGAAAUCACAAUUUGAUAUGUUGACACGUAUUGAUGAGUUUAAUAAAUAGAACAUCAGCCUCUAAAAGAUUACGGGAUACGCCGUCGUUCUUGGCGAACACGUCCUCUAUCUAUCGUUCCGAAAAAUACUAUUUCGCGUAUAAUGUGACUUUACUCGAAAGAUAGGAAACACGUGGAACCUUCAACGUAUUUGAAGAUAUCUCAACGUAUGUUAGAAAACGAGGAUAAACCAUAACGUUUCUCGCGCCUAGUGCUUCAUGAAAAUUAAAGAAAGAUUUCAUCCUUUCUAAACUACUGUAGUGAUGUGCCUCUGAAUAAAUUAAAAGUAAAAUACAUUAAGGGACUUCUCAGUGACUAUAAUUUAUGUGGAAAGUACAUUUUAAACGCAGGAGUCAUAGGCUUAAAUAGCGGAAAAUGUAGAUCGUAAUAAAACCAUCUUGCUGUGGCACAGGAAUCCUAAUUUACCAUAUUUAGAGCGCAACGACGCUGCUUACGUAUGUACCCCAGCAGCCUGUCUAAGAAGGGUAAUUCUAGCCACGGUUGAAAUCAUUAAAAAUGAGCGGUUAGGAAGAGUUAACGACGCCUUUAGCCAUCGUAAAAGCCGAGCUACGUUCAUUUUUCAUCGAGGACGUCACUAUGGGCCUGCGACUCGUUUCUUCAGUCAGGUUAAUCAUUUUUAAAGAGCCGACCGCAGGUGUCCCUUCUCGUGAUCUUAUAUUAAACAAAGAGAGGGACGGAGAAAAGAAAAGAAAGGAACGACGAAGGGUUCGAAUUUCGUAGGCAUACGA